AUGUCAAAAGACACGAUAUUAAAUGUCGCUCGUAAAGCGCGAGAAGCAUCAAAUAAACUUCAACAUGUUACUCUUGAAGAAAAAAGUAACGCGCUGAAAAGCAUUGUAUCCCACCUUGAAGCAGACAAAGAAAAAAUAUUUAAGGCUAAUAAACAGGAUAAAGAGAAUGCGGAAAAACUUGUACAAAGUGGUGAACUUUCUGCGUCGCUCUAUAAACGCCUAGAUUUGGAAAGCGGCGAUAAAUUCACUACUAUGCUUCAAGGCAUAUUAGACAUUGAUAAAUUAGCAGAUCCAACAGGUCGGGUCACCUAUAGCUCACGACUUGAUCAUGGGCUAGAACUUUACCGUGUAACUUGUCCUGUUGGCGUCUUGUUGGUAAUUUUUGAGGCGAGACCUGAAGUAGUGGUGAAUAUCUCGGCAUUAGCUUUGAAAUCAGGCAAUGCCGUGAUAUUAAAGGGUGGAAAAGAAUCACGUCUCUCAUUGAAUGUACUCUCAACAACAAUCCAAAAUGCAUUGAGUGACACAAAGAUCCCAAAAAAUGCAGUUCAACUUGUUGAAACGAGGGAAGAAAUAAAAGCGUUAUUGGAUCUUGACAAGUAUAUCGACUUGGUUAUUCCACGUGGAAGUAACUCGUUAGUGCGUUAUAUACAAGAAAAUACUAG